UCAAUUUGGUAACAGAAAGUCAGCAACAAAAGGUUAGUUUCAUUGUGGUGUUUUUACUUAUAUCAUUAAAGUAUUAAUUAAUCUUAACUUUUUUGCUUUUGAAGCAUUAGAUAAAAGAAUAUAUUCUUUUUAUUGAAUUUCUUAGUCAAUUUUAAUGCACCCUACUUAGCCAGGCGUCGUACUUCUCACGAGUCCACUUAUUCUUCAAUCUUGAAUUAAAGCGACGUUUGAUUUUGGCCUAGGUAUCAAAAUCAAAAUUUCUUUCAAAAUGCCGUUCUUAGAUAAGUGAAUUUCUCAACUGUAUAUUUCGAGUGGGACAAUGCGAAGAUGUUUAAUCGUAUUCUCGACUGAUAUAUUAAUUAUGAGGGGAUUUUUUGUCAUUGCAAAAGCGCUUUGGCAACGGAAAUUCUCGAUAACAAACAUGUUGAUUUAAGAUUAAGAUCAUUCAACAGCUCGCUAAACAAUGUGCCCUUUAAAAGAAAAACGAUUUUAAAAGAAACGGAAAACAGUUUUCAAGUUGCCUUGUUUGACAUUUGAGUUAUGGUUGCAUCUUGAAACAAGAUUCUUGAAAAAGCAUAGCGCGUUUUCGAGGGAACACCGUACAGAAAUAUCUUUUUGAGAUAAGCUUAGUAACAAUUGUUUAAAAUUGCAAUCUGAACGGUGCAACUGAAGUUAUUGCAAUCAGGCACAUGGAGCAAUUUUUGUAUCUUUUGGUCACUUUCUUAAUCUCUGUACGAUGUGAGACAUACUUUGAGCUGAUAAAGGGUGCUGAUUUGGUAAAUAAUGCAGACACUGGGAAAACACUCUUUGGUAAAAAAUUUUUUGAAUGUGACCGACACAUCGAAUGCAAAUAUGUGGUGAAAAUGCUUGGUUCAAAAGAUUUGAUAAUUGUACCUGAAAAGCAUGUACUGGAUUCGCCUGGACAUUUUGCAAAGAUUUGGAAGAAGAUUGAAAUUGCCAAACAGAACCUUGCUUAUAACAAAGAUGUGACGAUAUCAAGCCUUCAUGUAAACGAGACAGUUGCGUCUCAUGCUGUAGAUGGAAACAGGGGUACAGAGUUCUACUCCUGUGCACAGACAGAUUAUGGAAACCCUUCUUGGCUACAGGUCGACUUAGGGAACGAAGCAGUUGUCAGAUCUGUUAUUAUAAUCAGCAUUAAGAAUGAAUUCAGGACGAUGAAAAACUUCAGUGUAAAGGUUGGUAAUGGUUAUGGAACUGGAAGACGAAAUUCUACAUGUGCUUUAGGAUUGAAUAUCCCAGAAUCAACUAACAGUUUGUCAGUUGAUUGUCCAGUGAAUACUAUCGGUCGUUACAUCACUGUCAGCGUCGUUGGCCAUUUAGAACUUUGUGAGAUAGAAGUGUUUGGCAAGUUUCUAUUCUAAAGGAAAAAAAGACAGGACCAACUUAAGAUAAAAUUGUUUUUGCAUUGUGAUUAUAACUAUAGCAAUGCUCAUUAAUUUAUUUUUUUAAAAAGGAGUAUGAAAUUUUAAAAAAAUAUUUAAAAGGUUUUAAAAAAUAUUGGCAAUGAACAAAGUUUAACUAUCUGCAAAACGGGUUGAUUAAUUGAGUAGGAGCACCCCUUUUUCUUAAAUUUUAAGGAUUUGACAAAGAUGUUUACCAAGAUAAAGGUAAAUCUUAGCGAUGCAGAAAACGAAAUUUGACAUUAACAUCAACAAAAUAAGUUGUAGAUUUGACUACAAGCUAGACAUAACAGUACAUUCAUAGAAGAGUUGCCCAUCAGCAAAGAUCCGUCUGUUAAUGAUACAGUGUAUAUUUGAAAAUUCAUGAAAUAUAAGACUGAAUUUCUAAACAAUGACAAAAUGGAUGUGCUAUAGUACCAAGAUAAUUGCAUGUAAAAUUUUAGGAAGUCAUAGCAAUUUGAAUGAUUGCAGAGAAGAAUCUUUCUUUGCUCUAGGAAGUAAGGCAUUACAUGCUCUUUAGAAUGCAAAGCAUUUUGCCUGUUUUUAUGGCUUCAUAUGAGAUGUGGUGCAUAGUGGGGAUAAUUAGGUAUAUAAUGUAUGUAGCUUAAAAUACAAAUACAAAAUACAUAUCAAAUCAUUUGUAAUUAAAUACAGUCAAGGAAAAGUAUCUCCAUUCCUAAUUAGGUACUUCUAUACAGGAUGUAUUUGUUAAUAUAUUUGAAUAAUUUUCUUAUUUAGCAGAAGAGUCAUAGAACAAUUCCACUUAAGAAUGCUAAACAAAGCUAAACCGACUACAAAUCUUUGAUUGGCUAAUAUAUAUAUACUCUUCAAACACUAUUAACCAAUCAGAGUUCAUAAAUUUUAACAACAAACGUUCAAGGCAGCUAGAAUUAGACUCUGUUACAAAUUAUUUUCGUUAUCAUCAACCCUCAGUUGUUGACAAUGGCGUGAUCAGAUUAUAUUAUUGCCUUGAUAUCAUAGUUACCUAACUUUAGGGCAAAGGAAAUUCAGGUAUUUGUAUCUGAAUACAUAGGUGUAGAAUUUCAACAGAAUCAAAAAAAUAAAACAAAAUUUUUAAUUGAGAGUUAAAAAAAAUGAAGAUUAACAUCGUUUGUAACUUGCAUUAACAAAUAUUGCAUGUGUUUAGUAUGUAUGUAUCUAUUUAUGUACAAGAUUGAUUUCUUUCCUUACCUUUUCCGAAAAGACAAUUACAGCGAGCCUGUACUCACAAAAAUACGUUGUGAUUUAAGCAUUUGACUCUGUGAAUCAUCGUAUUUCCGUUAAAAGUUACAGGCCAAGGAGAUAAGUGGGGCUCUUGCACAAAAUAUAAAAAUCAACAAAAGGGACACAGCUUCCCUGAAUUCUUUAGGGACUAGGCUAGGGUCCCUACCCUAUUAGAAAGCUAGAUUGUUGAAGUUGUAUAGGGUUGACAGAUGUUGUCGAACAUGGCUCGCUAUGCAUGAAUGUCAAGACCUAUAGCAUACUGUUUUGAUAGCUAGAUUGAGCAAGUUCUAAUAUAUUUGAAAAAUUCUCAAAAAAGUUCUAUUUACAGUAGAGUGCACACAGAAAAGACCAGGCCUGUUGGUAGCUAUUAAGCUCAAGAGGGGUGUCCAAGUCCCAUUGGCAGGCAUAGUGGGUGAACCGUCUUUUCUUUGCCGACAAAUCCUUAAUCUCAGCUCAAAAAAAUACCCGGACAUGGCAAAAAACUCCACGUUUCUACGAUGACGAGUUAGCUCGAAGUUUAAUCAUGCUACAUCUACUGGAUGUCACUUUCAAAAACACUCUUUUGCGAAAUAGAAGGAAUCCAUGAAAAAUAAGUCAAUGAACUUACAACUGUCGGAUGGAAGCUUCUGGAACAUAGCAUAAGAUGGAAUAAGAGAGUUACAAUUGAAAUUCUAAAAUCAAAUGGAAGCCUUUUUAAAUGGAACCGCAUAAUAACAGUAAAAGGGGCAUGUAGGACAGGGACACAGCUGGGACAAAACAUAAAACAUGAAAAUUAGAUAAGAUUAUUUUUCAAAAAUGAGCUUCAUUAUGAGCCACAUAAUGACAGGUUAUAAAUGGUGCCAAUUAGACCACAAGAUUAUACAAACGAUAUAUUCAAUUUAAGGAAUUUAAGUCUUUUUUUAAACAUGAUAUUAUGAAUAAAAGUUAUUGAGUUACAUGAAAGUUUUUUAUGCAAAAUUAGUUGUGGUGCUUCUAGGAAUGCAUGUCUAUGUUGAAGUGGAGAAAGGAAAUGUACAUCAGAUUGAUAAUGUAGUGGCAAUAAAAGCACAGGAUUUUACAAAUGAUAUAUUUAAUAUGUUUAAAAGUUACAUGAAAGAUGUUUGACGAAACAUUAGUUUUGGUGUUUAUAUGUAUGAAGGUAUGUAUUUAAAUGGAGAAAGGACAUAUACAUCAAAUUGCCGUCAAUUAUGUAAUUAUAUAUGUAUGACUAAGAUAAAAACGACAAAAUUGCUGAGCAUAGGUUGUCAGAUGAUAACCGUAGGCCGAGAGGACGUUUUUAUCUAGGUUCAGAUCAAAAGUAACUAAAUAAAUUUAGUAUUGAUUGGUUCCUUUUUCGUCCAAUCAAUGAUCACUAAACCCGUGUGACGUGGACAUGUUUGUGUAAUGAUAGACGUUAUGCCCGAGUGCAUGUAAUUUUCCUACCUUCCUUUUGUUUGUGAUACCUUGUAGAUAUUGUAUUGUGGAAAUGGCGAUGCAAGUUGGAUUGUAUACCCAGUUGUUGGCACCAGCAUACGGAUUACCCAUGUUAUUUGUCAUCUUUGGUAAAACAAUGCACAAUUUAAGAAGUCAUUUGUUUAUUUAUGUUUUUUUUUCAUCCAUGUUCUUCUACAGAAUCUUGCUUGUCUGCUUGUUAAUUGAUGUUUUUCAAUUGAAUAAACAAUCUAUUUCUUCAAAUGAAUAGCCUCAGUAUCGAUUACAUAACAGGUACUUAUUUAAAUGGCAGAUGUCCAAGAGGAUUCUUUCAAUGCAUUUCAAUUGAAAACUACUUCGACGAUCUUUUUAAUGGGACUACAUACAAGCAAACUUGAAUUCUAAAGCAGAUUCCUAAUAAACCAAAUCAGCUUGCCUAUUAUUUCAAGCUGGUUCUUGAAGAAACACAGAUUUCUUCUAAAUAGUCCGGCAAAUGUACUUUCUAAGAUAUCAUGCUAGGAUAUUUCAAAAGGGCAAAAGGGACCAGUAUCGCGUAGCCUGCGUGCAGACUCUACGGAAGGACUCUACGGGAGCUGGAGAAAGUAAGAGGAGGAAAGGCUAGUAUCACGUGACCAGCUCUCAAAACUGGAGAGAUGAUAAUUUAUGUACGAAAACAAAAGCUUCUCGUGCUGUCUUUUCAAAUCUGUAUAUCUCACUGUUGGUCACGCAGAAGACUUCCAUUAAUUUAUGCAUCACAUGACAAGACAGGAAUUGUUUAUUGGUAGUAAACAGCAAACAAAGUAAAUAUUCGCGUUGGACUGUAAAACAAGGUGGUUGAAAUGCAGACAAUACGAUGGAAGUCAACGGACUUGAGGGACUUAUUUAUAUUAUCACCAUUUUCUUUAUUCCAGUUCAAAGUGCAACAUACUUUGAACUUAUAAAGGAUUCUGAAAUUCCAAGCAAUGCAAAUACUGACAAUCCACUUGUGAAUAAAAGAUUUUUCCAAUGUGACAGAGAUAUCGAGUGCAAAUAUGUGGUAAAAAGCCAUGGAUCAAAUGAACUGAAGAUUGUAUCUGAGGAGAAUGUACUGUUGUCACCUGGAAAUUUUGCAAAGAUAUGGAAGAAGUUUCAAAUAGAUCACAUUCAUAAUCUUGCUUUGGAGAAAGCAGUGAGCAUGACGGCCAUUUUCAGAAACGCAACAGUUGCAUCGAAUGCUGUAGACGGAAACAGGGGCACAGAGUUCAAUUCCUGUGCACAGUCCGUUAUGGGCAACCCUUCUUGGCUGCAAGUUGACAUGGGUAAAAAUGCAGUUGUCAAAUCUGUCCAUGUAAUAAGCUUAGAAGCUCUCGGCAGAACUAUGAAGCAAUUCAAUAUAAAAGUUGGCCAAAGCACUGAAAAUGGAGGACAAGGCAAUUCUGCUUGUGGAACAGGAAUAACCAUUCCUAAUUCAGACAAUAACAUAACUGUACAGUGUCCGGAAAGCACAGUCGGACGUUACGUGUCGAUCACUGUGAACGGUUACAUUGAAGUUUGCGAGAUUGAAGUGCUUGGAUAUUUUAUUUCCUGAAGAAGUCAGGGCAAAUGUAAAGCAAGAAAUUCAAGUCUUUACUCAAGUAUAGAAUCAAAAAAGAAGCCUUCUUUGCAAGGAGCCUUGUAACUAUUACUUGAGCUUGUACAAAGUUAUCUUAGCCGCUGUCAUAUAUUAUUUGGCUAAAUGUACCUAGGCCUUUCUGAACACUAUCCUGAUGUUAUUAGCCCUUUGCCUGUUGUCAAGCUCGUGCCUUAAAGUGUCUUUACGUUACACGUUUGAAAAGUUUUCACUAUUUUUUGAUCUCUCCCUCCACCCUUUUGCUUUGUAAACUUUUUUCUAGCCCUCCAUUCCCUCGUGACCAGGCUUCUCAGUACCAGAGA